AUGUCUCAAAAAAAGUAUUAUCAAGAUAUAGAAAUUUAUCUUGCUAAUAAUUGUUUUAAAUCUUUCAAAUUGGAGUUUGAAGAUAUAGAAGUAUCAAAACUAUUACCUUUUUUAUCCCAAGAUAGUGUAAGCAUCCCAAUGCAAAUUUUAUCACAAAUGGUAUAUGACUAUACAAAGCAAGCUCAAAAAAAAUCUAGUAUGGACAUCUCAAAAGUUAAAAAAGUGAAAAUUAAAGAUGCCUCUUCAAUGGUGAUGAAACUUAUCAAAGAACUAUCUUCUGAAACAUCACAAAAAUCUGAAGUUAUAGAAGUGAGUUCUAGUGAUUUUUUUGAUUUAUAUCAUGUAAUUAUUAUGAUGGAAGAACAGGAAGUUAAUACAAAUCAAAAUAUUAUUAAGUCAUACUAUAAUUUUAGAAAAGCAAUUAAUGAACAAUAUGAUUAUUACAAGAAAAAUAAUCCUAAGUGA